AUGGCGGAAGCAAAGAUUUUCGAUGUUCGCCUGUACAAUAUUAUUGUUUUAGGUGUUGCGUUUAUGCUGUUAUUUACCGCCUUCCAAACAGCAUCUAUGGCUGAGCAAAGUGUGUUGACCAGUGAAAAGAAAAAUACAAAUGGAACUUUUUCUGGAGAUGGUUACACAAGUUUGAGCAUUAUCUACGUAGUUUUCUCGGCAGCGAAUUGGAUUGCUCCCCCUAUUGUAGCAGUUCUCGGUCCUAAGUUCACUAUGUUUGUUGGUAGUAUCCUCUAUUUUCUGUUUAUCCUGUCAUUUCUGAAGCCUAUGGUUUGGGCUUUGUAUUUAGGAUCGGUGCUUGUUGGUAUAGGAGCAGCCAUAUUGUGGACAGCUCAAGGGAACUUUCUAACAAUUAACUCGGACUCAGAAACUGUGUCACGGAACAGUGGAAUAUUCUGGGCACUUUUACAGUGCAGCUUGUUGUUUGGGAACAUGUACAGUUAUUUUGUGCUAAAGGGCAGUACAGACAUCACAGACUCUGAGAGAACUAAGCUUUUCAUUGGUCUGUCUGGGGCUGCUCUGCUGGGGGUCCUCUGUUUCCUUAUUUUGAGGAAACCUGUUUCCACGGAUACUGAGAACCUGGUCAAUUUAUCACCAAGUGAUAGAAAAGAACGAGAAAGUCCUCUGAAAACUAUAAAAAGAGCCUUUCACUUACUAAGGACAAAGGAGAUAUUGCUAUUAAGUGUGGCCAUAGCAUAUACAGGUAUUGAACUGACUUUCUUCAGUGGGGUGUAUGGAACCUGUAUAUCUAACACUCAGCAGUUUGGUGAGGAUGCCAAGGGCCUUAUAGGAAUCUCUGGCAUGUUCAUAGGAGUUGGAGAAAUACUUGGAGGCGCAGCAUUUGGAUUAAUGGGGAAGAGAACUAAUAAAUAUGGCAGGGACCCGAUUGUGUUGCUUGGUUUUCUUUCACACAUGGCAGCUUUUUUCCUUGUCUUCAUGAACCUUCCCAAUGGUUCACCUAAGAAUUCUGAUGACUUAUCAACAUUCAUGACACCCAAUCAAUAUGUUGCAAUAUUCUGUUCCUUUCUACUUGGAUUUGGUGAUAGCAGUUUCAAUACUCAGCUCUACUCUAUUCUUGGAUUCAUGUUUCCAGAAGACAGCUCCCCAGCUUUUGCUUUAUUUAAAUUUGUGCAGUCUAUAGCAGCAGCCGGGGCAUUUUACUACAGUGAGGUGCUAUUACUCCACUACCAGUUACUAAUUCUAACUCUGUUAGGCGUGGUGGGGACUCUGGCUUUCUGUGUAGUGGAGUGGGGAGUCAGCAAGGCUUUCAGGAUGGGUUAUCAGACCAUCUAAAAUCAGAUGAGGUUUCCCCUAGAAUGAGAUUACCUGUGAUAUUAUGUGGUCUCUGGACACAGUCACUUUUAACAGUCACAACAGAGGCCCCUGUAAAGCUGUGUCUGUGACAUACAAUUCUGCUGGAUUACACUGGUGCAAUAAACUAGAUUAGGUUAUGGAGGUGUAUUUUUGUUUUCCUAUUUUUUGUAUGAAUGAUAGAAUGUGAAUGCCAAAAUCUUGAGCUUCAGACCAUUUUUGAUGAUUGAAAAAAUUUUUUUUUAUGAAUGAGAAUUUUCUCUGGGACAAAUGAGGUUGUAUUUAUAUUUAGUGGCAUCACUUGAUUACAAACUAUAUACACGUUGGAAUCAUGGACAUUAACUAUUUUAAUUUAAAGCAGAAAUUAAUUUGCAUUUAAGAAUUUUACAUUACUAUGCAGCUUUUAACAUUUUUUAAAUAUUUUGAUAUGCAUAUGCACAAUGUACUUAAA